CUUCAGUCCAUUCAUACAAACCCAUUCGCCUUACAGACGUUAUUCAUCGCCCAAGAUGGCCGACGUAGAUAUGGAAGUCGAUGACGCUCCGCCAUCCUCCACGCGGAACGAGUCCGAAAUGCAGACACAUACCAAGGCAACGGCAGUCCGGUCAAUUGAGGGAUGGAUUAUCAUUGUCACAAAUGUCCACGAAGAGGCCGACGAAGAAGCUUUGCAAGACAAAUUUGGAGACUACGGAGAGAUUAAGAACUUGCAUCUUAAUCUUGAUAGACGUAGUGGUUAUGUCAAGGGCUACGCUCUGAUCGAAUAUGCGACACUGGAAGAGGCUCGAGCGGCGAUCGAUGGAGCACACGAUACAAAAUUGUUAGAUCAGACGAUCCAAGUGGACUUUGCCUUCGUCAGACCUCCUCCUGGCAAAGGCGGCAGGCAAGGUGGCGGCAGGGCUGGUGGUAGAAGAGGUCGCAGCCGAAGCAGGAGUCCUGACGCCAAGAGCAACGAUGCAUGAAAAACUCGAGAUAAUACCAAGACAACAAGUCUGCUGCCGAUGUGAUGACCCGCGGUCACGACAUGUCGGCAUAUAUAAUCUAAUUCAGCGAGGAUGCCCGAGCCAAGCUCGAAACAAAUUGGAUCUCAUUAACAGCACUGUCAAUGUUCAGGAAAUACGGCAUCCUGGGCCGUUUGUCGAACUGUGAGCGCGAUGAUUGGCGAAUUCGGGCUUUGGCCUCCCGAAAACAAAAUGAAAACAUCUCAAAUCGGUAGAUCGCCGGUUAACCUCUAGAUCUCCUGCGCAGGGCCGGAUGGUCUUGGCUCUAGAAUAAUAUAAUAUCCAGCAGACAGACCUUUGUAUUUGGAUGUCGUCUUCUUUUUAAAUACCUACCUAGAUGGAAGAUUACUUUUACUCACUACUUAACUACAUUAC